CGUCCCCGGUGUUACAUGUGGUCACUCGGACUGAGACGCCUCCUCCGCCCCGCUUCACUGCAAGGGGGUGGCCCUUGGAAACACCUUGUUUUAACAUACACGCUAUAAAUACGACUGGCUCAGAGCAUGGGAGCAGAGCUAGAAGCGAGACACCGGGACGCUCGCAGAGCCGGCCAGACGCAGCCAGUGUGAGCCGCCGCUCCGAGCCCGGUGAGUGAGUGGGGAGGCGGCGAAGCGCUGCUCUACGCACCUCGGCUCGGCUUUGUUCUUUUGCCGGCUUGCAGGCGAACAGCUGUGCGCCCCUGGGUGCCUUGUUUCUGGGGCUGGGUCAGGUCGACGGGGCGGGGAAGGGGGCUCGGCCACGGCUGACGAGCAGAGCUUCCUCAAUCCAGCUCAGCCUUUUUUCUUUUCACUGAGUGCCUGGAGGGACUGGAAGGCAGUUCCCUUUAGGCGGGAGGAAAACCGGAGUGAGCCGCGGUCGGCUUCCUCUUGCAGGCUCGCCUGUGUCGGUAUGCAAGCGGCUGGGGUGGGUCUGGCGAGAAAGGGGUCUGCAACGGAAACAAACGAGGCAAGAGGAUGCCGAGUUUCCAGCUUCUCCGGAUGGGAGCCUAUUGCCAACUCUACCGAGGGCAGACGGCAGUUUUUCAGGCGCUUUGCUUCUGCUCAGAAGCACUUUCCAUUAGCUCAGAGGUUUUCAGAACGGAGUUCUAGAGGCGCGGAAGUACUUGCAUUGAUGGGAUCUGGCGGGCGGGCGGGGGCAGGGAGAUGCUUAUUCAAGUGGUUUCCUCGCCCACAUCCCAUUUUCUCUCCUGGAUGAAAUAAGAUCUGGGUUUGAACGCAGCUCUAAACGUUAAGAAGGUGGGGGGCGGAACACAAAGCAAGCUUGGGGUCAGAAGAGGCUGAGGCAUAAAGAAAGGCUUGGAGCGGGGCGGGAAGCGGAGGGAGGCUUGCUGCUGCUGAGGGUUUGGGGCAAGGCACGGGGCUGGUCCUAAUCGCCAUCUUUUGUUCUCUUUCGCAGCCACUCCUUGCAGCAGAGGCUUUCUUGCUUCCAGCCGGCAACUACUUACUGGGAAGCUGGGCGGAAAGACGGCUUCGUCCUUGGCAAAGAGAUACCUUGCGCCAGGGGGAGAAAGAGCCGACACGCUCGCUUUUUUUCUCUGAGAAAGGAAACCAAAGGCGGGAAAGGAAAGCAGCAACUUUUCAUCAGUUUGGCGCCUUUUUAAACUCGGGCCUCGCCUUGAUCCCAUCGGAGCAGCUGCUCCUGCUCCCCGAAGUCUUGCUCGGCGCCCUUUUCCUCCUGCGACACCAGCAGCCCGCCUUGCCCUGCCGCGCCUCCGCCAGCCGCCAGGAUGAUGCAGAUCUGCGAGUCGUACAGCCAAAAGCACUCGCUCUUCAACGCCAUGAACCGCUUCAUCGGGGCCGUCAACAACAUGGACCAGACGGUGAUGGUGCCCAGCCUGCUGCGGGACGUGCCCCUUUUGCUGGAGGAGCUGGACGCGGGCGGCGGGGAGCCGGAGGCCUCGCUGACCCCCAACGGCGGCGCCUACUGCUCCUGCAGAGACAUGUACAGCCACUACGUGCUGCUCAAGUCCAUCCGCAACGACAUCGAGUGGGGCGUGCUGCAGCAGGCGAGCGAGGAGGCCGCGAGCCGGAAGAAGGAGAAGCUGAACGGGGGGCCCGGCGCCGUGGACAUUAGCCGAGGGCUCCCCGAGGACGAGGAGGUGGAGGAGGACCUGGAGAAGCAGUUUCACUACCACUUGAGCGGACUGCACACGGUGCUUUCCAAACUGACGCGCAAGGCCAACGUCCUCACCAACCGGUACAAGCAGGAGAUCGGAGGCAAUAACUGGGGACACUGAGCCCGGGAGGGGGAGGACGCGGCCAGCCUGCCUGCCUGCCUGCCUGCCGGGGUGAGAAAGUCAGAGGACGUUUGAGUUUGUAAAGGGCUAGGGAAGAAAGUGUGUGUGUUUGUCUGUGCUGAGUGCGAGAGAAGCAAAUGCUCUUAUGCGGCUUUGUAAUUGGAGCAGAGAAGGAGCAUUUCAGGGGCCAGUGGCGAGCAUAACAGCAGAUGUAAAAUUGUAUGUGUCUCGGAGAAGAAUGUGAGGGCGGAAGGGACUGGCUUUCUUGCUAGGCAUAUCCUAGUGGGGUUUUACUGUUGGCAACGCUGAACAUCCAUGGAGGCGGGGUGAUGAAUCUCUGCCUGGUGUAGCAGGCAUAACCAGGUAGUCGAGUAUAAUAUUUCCAGAUUCUGAGGACUCGGAAUGAUGUACAGUGGCCCAGGCCAGUUACUGAAAGAGUGUGUUUGUAAUCACUGGAAAAUGUGUGUGCACGCACAUGUGUGGUGGCGGCAAUAGUAGUGGCGAUUGCAUCACUUCUUUCAUGUUUUGCACUACUUUUGUAACGUUAAUAUAUAUGUAUAUAAAGUCUUAAGAAUUCUCUUUGCAUGCUCCUAGAUCUGCAGGCGUCUUAUUUUUUACCAACGCACAAGGAUGUACAUUCAUUACUAUUAAUUAAACUUUUUUUUUACAAGCGAGGUGAACAGUUAUUGUUCUCCUUUAAGUAAAGUUACUUACCUUUCCACAUUACAUUGAACUGGUCUAUAUGAGGCUGCAAUUGUGCUACUUGAGAACUAUUUAUACUCAGUUGCAGAGGAUGGAACCAGUUAACUAAUGUGCACCCCUAUUUCAAUGAAAAGAUAAAAGGGCCUCAUUGUUGUACAUGCAUUGAAGAUUUAUUUAAAACUUUUUUUAUUCAGAUGUAGAGUAUAUUCUAAAAUAAAUAAGCAAAUAUAUUGACUAAGAUGGACUUCACUGGUUUUUAUGUUGUGCCUCUACUAGAAUUUAAUGCUAACAUCUAUUUUGCAACACACAAACUGUAUAUGGAGCGAUUCUUGCCAUUAUCUUUUUUGGAGGGGUGGGGGGGUAGGCAUCUAGUUCACUACAGGGAUGACAGGCCUGUAUUCCCCACUCUCCCCCUGUGGUGCACAGGGACAGGCCCAUACUUAUUUUGUACAUUUAUAUCCUGGAACACAAAUGUCAUACAAGGGGUUCUUAGGAUCUCUGCCAUCCGUUCAGUAACCACAUCCAGACCUGCUUUGCUUCCAGGCCAUCCCCUCACUCAAGAGGGUGUGAACUCAGAGCUCUAUUAUGCCCUGCUAUGCAUGGGCACUGUGCCCACUGUAUAUUGAACUGAGCCCUUUUAAAACCAGAGACAGUUUUCUCAUGGACUUCAGUGAGAGGUAGAUUGCACUACAGUUCAAGUUAACUAUCCAUCUCAGGGAGCUGCCGUUCAAAGCAACAUGUAGUUAAUUUAAAAGAACCUCAACAAGUGGAAACCAUGUUCUCUUAGCUCUUCUUCAAGUUGCCUUUACAAGUCAACACCUACAGUGAGUGCAAGAUAUUUAUAUGGAUGCAGGUCAAUCUUUUAAACCUAGUUAUUUAUUAAGUACCUUAAGACUUGGUAACUACUAAUCAGAUUUAACUCUGCAAGUUAUUUAUGUUGUGACAUGGAUGCUUCUAGACUGUUCUUGGAAUCAACAGCUUCAUUCUGUGUCGUAUUUUCUAGUUUAAAUCCAGGUAUGCUAUCUUGGAGUCUAAACCAAUGUUUUCCUAUUUUUUCAGAACAUAUACAUACAGUGCAUUGUGGUUAUAUUCAUAUGCACCCAGCCUAAUCUAGACUCCUCUUAAACCUACUUUUAACAACAGAGUAGUUGUUUGGUCAUUUCAGCAAUACCAUUUAAACUUUUAAAACAAAAAAUGCCAUAUAAUGAUGUAAACCCUUUAAAGAUGCGGAUGCAUUUUAUAGAUUCAGAUCUGAAAAUUCCUUUGGGCUUUGUUUCAACUUUUUGACAAUAAUAUGCUAAUGCAAAAGCAUUUCUGGCUGUUCUGGGCUAUAUCUUUGAGGGAAGUGGAAAAAUAGAAAAGAUCCUGCUGAAUCUAAGCCCUCUUACGUGAGUAAAAAUGAAAUAAUUGCUCUUAAAAUGGAUUAAAAAAUAUUGUGUCUCUUUUAUAAUAAAAUGACUUAAACUG